AUGAAGACGUCCAUCUUCUUUGGUCUCUUGAGCGCUGCUCUUGUCAACGCAUCCGCUCUCGCUUUCAGAGGCUUCCUACACAAGGUCAAGGAGAGCAUCUCAGUGCCUUGGAUGGGAUGGGUCAAGCACUCGGCAGCACACCCGGACACUAUGCUUCAGCUCCAGAUCUCGCUCGCUCAGCCUCGUUCUGGCGAACUUGAGCAACAUCUUCACGAGAUCAGCGACCCUUCUCACAGGCGUUAUGGCAUGCAUCUCUCAAAGGGAGAGGUGCAUGAGCUCAUGGCGCCUCACGCUGACACACACAAGAUUGUUGACGACUGGCUUGCUGCGCAUGGGAUCAACCGAACCAAGGUCAAGCAGUCUGCAGCGGGGGAUUGGAUGAUGGUCAGCGUCCCUGUGCACACCGAUUCCGAAGAGAGUCUUAUCCGUACGCUCGAAUACAGUCUCCCGGAGGUCCUUCACGAUCACAUUGAUAUCUUGCUCCCUGCGCGCCCUCGGUCUGACGGCGCCAUCGACCCUUCAUGCCAGUAUCAAAUCACCCCCGACUGUCUUCGGCAACUCUAUAUCAUCGGUAACUACACGCCGUCUACGUCCAACGGGAAUGCCAUCGCGGUCACGGGCUUCAGCGACCAGUGGGCUAACUACGUGCCGUUGGCUGUGGGGUCUAACUUCUCUGUUGUCUCGAUUACUGGUGGGACGAACAAUCAAACGGAUCCAGGCUCAGAGGCCAAAUUGGACGUCCAGUACGCUUUCGGCCUGACGCGCCCGAUGCCGGCCACAUUUUACACUAUCGGUGGCUUCCCAGGCGAGCCUCCCAAUGUCAACUGGACGUUUGGAACGGGAACGCUGGAUUUCGUCGACUUCGUCCUGAACCAGACUAACCCACCUCAGGUCAUCUCGACUAGUUACGGGGAACCCAAGACAUCAAAUUCUAUACCUCUUUCAAACAAGAUAUGCCAAAGCUUUGCAGCUCUGGGUGCACGUGGUGUCUCUGUCCUCUAUGCGUCGGGAGACUCUGGGGUUGGUUAUAGUAACGGUACCGUCAUCCCAUUCACCCCAGUAUUUCCCGCAAGUUGCCCAUACGUCACUUCGGUUGGUAUGACAUAUCAAAUCCCUGAAGUUGCCGGGAACGACGACGGCAUUGUCAGUGGUGGAGGCUUCAGCAACUAUGGAUACCCGGACGUCUCAGCCCAAGGCGUCAACUACUUUAUCGAGUGCUACGGCCGCGCCGUCAAUAACACCGGUACUUCAUGCUCGUCGCCCGCCUUCGCGGCGGUUAUUGCGUUGCUCAACGAUGCACGCACUCAGGCCGGCAAGGGCCCACUCGGGUUUUUGAACCCGUGGCUAUACUCUACGGGCUUUGCUGGUCUGAAUGAUGUUACGGAGGGAAGCAACCCUGGAUGCGGGACCAACGGAUUUAACGCUACGAAGGGAUGGGAUCCUGUCACCGGUUUGGGAACACCCGACUUUGGUAAGCUUAAAAACCUGGCCCUGGCUUAA